GAGGAUCCCACAAGGCUCCCAGCCUCGAACCCAAGGAUCAUGCAUAUGUGAGCAUGGAGAUCAUACAUAUAAAGCACGCAACCAUGAUGAACCAUCAACACGCACCAUAAACCUCAAAAACAUGUCGGAACUUGAUCCCACACUCUACACCGUCGCGUGGAUCGCGCCCCUCGAGAUCGAAGCCCAAGCCGCGCUGCACAUGUUCGACAACAUACACCCCGGGGGCUUCCGGACGAGCCAAGGCGACGACUACCUCUUCUACGCCGGCGACGUGUGCGGGCACAACGUCGUCCUCGCGACUCUACCCGCGGGGCAGGAGUACGGCACGGGGUCGGCCGCCGCGCUCGCCAGCCAAGUGAAGAAGUGCUUCCCGCACCUGUGGUUCGGCUUGCUCGUUGGCGUCGCCGCCGGCCUUCCCCACCUAUCGUGCUCUCCCCCCCGUGAUAUCCGCCUCGGGGAUAUACUCGUCGCGCUCCCCGAAGGCGGCAGCCCUGCGGUAGUAGCAUAUGACUUGGGCAAGGAGGCCGGGGCAGGCGGUCUCCAGCUCCUGCGCGCCGGCCAUGUGCUGGCGACUACGGAUACUAUCGUUCGGGCGGCGAUCGGAAAGAUCAAAGCUGACCACCCGAACGAGGCGAGGAGGUUCCUCCCAUACUACCAAAGCAUGAAAGAGAAGGGCCAUACAGCCGGCAAUUUCACCGAUCCUGGCCAGGACAGGGACGUUCUAUACGGGGCGGAUGAGCAGCCAAUACAGCGUGAAUGGCGGCCGGAUGCCGGGCGGACCCGGGUGUGGUACGGGCCCAUUGGGUCGGGGGACAAGCUGAUGAGGCACGCCCAGAAGCGGGACGAGCUCCGAGAUAUGUACAACCUCAUCGGGCUCGAGAUGGAGGCGGCCGGGACGAUGAACCACAUCCGGGUCGGGGUCAUCCGGGGCGUUUGCGACUACGGGGACGAGCGCAAGAACAAGGAAUGGCAGCCCUACGCCGCGGCGAUGGCUGCGGCGUACGCGAAGGCCAUCUUGCGCGAGAUAUUCGCUCCCCCGAGCAAGAAUCCCGCGAUGGCCGCCGCACCGGUUGCGUCUGGGCACCAACCCACCCCACAAGAGCCUGCGCGGUUUGUUUUCAACGGCCCGAUCUCCGGUAGGAAUGUACAAACCGGGUUGUCUUUUUCGGGGCCAACGACCUUUAACUUCAAUUAGCUUGGCGAACAUCGAUCCUCUAAGAAUAAGAGCGGCCGGGCACAGUCAUCCCCCGAGGAUGACUGAUAAGCACCCAUGAGCUGCAUGUCUUGUCAGUUG